AUGGAUCCUUACAACAACAAUCAUAACAACUACUUCCUGCCUUGGGGCAGCGAAGAUGAAAACCAUCACGAUCAAAGGCCCAACAAUCACAACAACAAUCACAACGACAAUCAGAACUACUACUACCCCCCUCCUCCUGUUUCUCCCGGCCCUCCUGUUCCUCCCAGCCCUCCUGUUCCUCCUGUUCCUCCCGGUCCUCCUGGUUAUCUCGGUCCUCACGGUCCUCCCGGUCCUCUCGGUCCUCUCGGUCCUUCCGGUCCUCCUGGUUAUCUCGGUUUUUGCGGUCCUCCACCCAGCCCUCCCGGUUCUAGGGCAGUCUGUCCCAGUGCCUGGUCCAUGCCUCCUACAGCUCCCGCCCCUCCCACAGCUCCCGUUCCUCCCGCCCCCUCCCUCCGGCAGACCAUGUCCACAAAGGCUCACUGGAAGUGCCGACUUUGCAGCUCCCGCAAGUUCACCUCGCUGCCGAAGAACCAGCGACACCCUCGGGACAAGUGCCGCGCUCCCCUCUCCAACCCCCGCCGCAUCGUUCAGCACUACGCCACGAUGCACUUUGAGCACAGCGAACUCGAGCGCUGCAACGAGCUGGCCGACUGUCUUGAGGCCAACCGCGCUUUCUUCGCUCCCUGGAUCGAGCGGCGUCUGCGGGAGUGUAAUCUCGAUGCCAGCCAGGACAUUGACCAUGCGAUCUACCACCUUCGUCGUUCGGGCAAAAUGCUCAUGACACUCCGUAAGGUCGCCUUUUGCGCUCCCAAGGAAGUUGCUCCGACUUCCAACGAGGAGGAUUCUGCUCCAGCUCCCGGCGAGGAGGAAACUCAGUAG